CAAUUGCACAUGAAAAGAGUCCAGAAAAUCUUUCCAACCAUUCUACCUUUUCAUACAUAUAUGUACAGUACACUCCCACACACAUAUAUAAUACUCACACAUCUGCAGUUUUUUCACAUAUGAAAGAAACCCUGCACAAAAGUUCAUGAACCUUCUUCUCACUUCUGCUCCGUUUUCCCUGUAGCGUGACCCAUCAUUGAAAGGCACAAACAAAAAUAGAGCCAAAAGGGGCUCUUUGAAAUGUAUGUGAUUUCCAAGCUUCUGAUCAUUGGUGGAGAGAUUGUCGAACAAGAAGGCGAGUGGGAGAAAGAAAGAUAACAUUUUGUAUCAAAAACCCAUCAACAAAAAAGGGAAAAUAGAAAGGUCCCAACAAGAACUUUUCAAGAUUCAACCAGGUCCUUUUAAUCUACCAGCUUCCAUGGAGCUCGCGCAGCAAACCCAAACCCCGGCCGUUUUGAAAGGAACGGAGCUCGCUCUAGCCAAGUGCGAGUGUUGUGGUCUGACGGAGGAGUGCACGGAGGAGUACAUAAAGCGGGUCCGUGACCGUUAUUCCGGGCGGUGGCUAUGCGGGCUUUGCUCGGAGGCCGUGAAGGACGAGCUGGUGAGGUCGGAGAAGACAAUUGGGCACGAAGAGGCCCUGGACCAGCACAUGAGCUUCUGCCGGAAGUUCAAGACCCUGAGUUUGAGCCCGCCGGAAAGCCCGACUGAGGAGCUGAUCUCCGCUGUGAAGCACCUGCUUAUGAGGAGCCUCGAAUCUCCGGGCCGGUCUGGGCCCGCGAGGAGGGGCCGUUGUUUGGUCCGGUCGGGGAGCUGUUUUCCUGCUCUUGAUUCUUGAAAAAAAUAAUGGUUGUUUGUGGAUUGAUUUUUAGUAAUGAUUAGUGUGUGUGUGUGUUGGUUUAAAUAAUUGCUGAUCUUAGGCUGCCAUGGGAAUAAUGUUGGGAAGAUUAUGAGUAUUAUUUUUUCAGCUUUAGUUUAUUGGUUUCAAUAAAAUUUGUGUACUUGUCAGCCUGACUGACUUUAUCUUUUAAGUUUUGUGGUAUUUUUGUUGUUGGGUGGAAUAUUACUUGUACACAAAGUAGAAGCUCUAUUUUCUUCUUUGUGUUGAAGUUUUGAUUCCUUAAUACCUGGUGUUUUCGAGCCUCUAACAAGUAUGUGUUUGCCUUCUAGUUUGAUUUCAUAAACACUUCCUUUUAGUCUGUUAAGUUGAAAUCUUUUGAUUUUUCCCAGGGCCAUCUAGUUAUGUGCAUUGUUCAAAUCUUGUAACUUGUUCAAUUGCUACAGUUAGAAAGAAAG